GUUGGUGUUUACUGAUGACGUAUAGACUCUUGCAGUUCGGCGAUAUGGCUAACGUUAGAUAACGGGAUGAAUAUCUUUUAUUAAACGUAUAAUUAAACAAAAACCAGCAGGAUACAAGUGGGAGUCAGAACAAGGACAAGAUGUUGGAGUCUUAUGUCACACCGCUCCUGAUGAGCUAUGUAAACAAGUACAUCAAGAAUCUGAAGCCAUCUGACCUGCAGCUCUCUCUGUGGGGUGGUGAUGUGGUGCUGAGCAAGCUGGACUUGAAGUUGGAUGUACUGGAGCAGGAGUUGAAACUGCCUUUUACAUUCAUGAGUGGUCAUAUCCAUGAGCUACGUAUCCAUGUACCUUGGACCAAGCUGGGCUCAGAGCCUGUAGUUAUCACCAUCAACACCAUGGAGUGCAUCCUGAAGCUAAGGGAUGGCGCCCAGGAUGACCACGAAAGUGGCUCUAGUUCCACCAGUCGCAGUGUCUCAGACAGCUCCAAGGCUGUGGCCAAGCCCCGUCGCCUACAGCAAGCUGCCCCGAGUGACCCAGACCUGCCUCCAGGUUAUGUCCAAAGUCUGAUCAGACGUGUGGUGAACAACGUGAACAUUGUGGUGAACAACCUGAUCCUUAAGUAUGUGGAAGAUGAUAUUGUGCUGUCAGUCAACAUCACCUCAGCAGAGUGCUACACAGUGGAUGAUUUAUGGGAAAGAGCCUUCAUGGACAUUACUGCUCCAGAGUUGGUCCUAAGGAAACUGAUCAACUUUGCCGACUGCACCGUGUGUUUGGACAAACGGAAUGCUAGCGGCAAGAUUGAGUUUUACCAGGACCCGCUCUUGUACAAAUGCUCCUUCAGAACACGCCUCCAUUUUACAUAUGACAACAUCAACUCUAAGAUCCCAUCUGUCAUAAAAAUCCAUACCAUGGUGGAGAGCCUGAAGUUGUCCAUUACCGAUCAGCAGCUACCCAUGUUUAUACGAAUCUUAGAGCUAAUCAUUGCUCUUUACUAUGGGGAAAUCGGAGCACACAAAGAGGAUGAGGGUGAAGAAGGCACUGGGCAUGCAAGGGAUUCUGGAGCAAGUUUACCUGGAAUGGAUGUAGAUACGGAAAGGCGAUCUAGCCAAGACCUCUACAUACAGUCUGGUAAUCCUGAUGAACCAAACCAAGGUUGGGUGUCCUGGGCUUGGUCCUUCGUUCCAGCCAUUGUAAGCACAGAGGAAGAAGGAGAGGAUGGUCUCUACCAGCAGCAAGAGACAGGAAGCAUCCCCAACAGCUCCCAACACCACACACCCAAAGACCCCAUUGUUUCCAUAGGCUUCUACUGCACCAAAGCUUCUGUUACCUUCAAGUUGACAGAGACCCAGUCAGAGAGUAGCUACUAUAGUCCUCAAAAGGUCAAAUCCAAGGAAGUCCUAUGUCUAGAGCAAGAGGGAAUCACGAUUGAGGUAAGUUUAAGUGCUCAUGAUGGGGAGCCCUUCUUUGAUUGCCAAAUCGGCUUUGUGGGAUGUCGGGCACUUUGCCUGAAAAGCAUCAUGGGUGUACGAGAUUUUGAGGAAAACAUGAACCGCCGUGAAGAGGAUGCAGUGUUCUUCAGCUGUGGGGACAGUCUCAGUAGUAAAGGAAUGACGUAUCUCACCAACUCUCUUUUUGACUAUCGGAGCCCAGAGAACAAUGGAGUCAGGGCUGAGUUUAUCUUGGAUGCUGCUAAUCACAAGGAGACCUAUACAGAGAUAGCGGGCAUGCACCGUUUCGGUGCUUUCUACAUGGAUUAUCUCUACACAAUGGAGGACAGCAGUGGCAAAGGCUCUCAGGAUUUCUCUGGGAUGAGCAUAGAAGAGGUAGUGCCUGCAGUUCAAGAGACAUCCAUCAAGAGGCUGGUGGUAGGACCUUUAGACAUCAGGUUGCAUAGCAGCGCCAUCCAUCGCAUUCUCAAGAUGGUCACCUGUGCCAUGGACCACGAGUAUGAACCCUACUGCAAAGCACAACGAGAAAUGACUGAAGAGAACAGUGGUCCAGCUACUCCAGAAGAGAUCUCACAUUUGGAGGAAUUCAUCCCAACUCGACUCACUUGUCUCACUCUGCUCCAAGUCUCAGUCACUGUUUCAAUGGCAGAGUUCAACCUUCUACAUACACUAAUGCCUGUCAUCAUGGGACACAAGGUGGCACCAUGUCUGGUCUCUGUGGCAGAAUUUCAGCCAGUGCGCCCACUACCUUCAGUCCAAUUCCAAGUGGAAAGGGUGAAUUUUGAACACUCUGUGCCAAUGUAUGCCCCAGAGCUGGUAACCACUGUCAGCAGUCUCAGCCAGCCUUCUGACAACCUGCUACAUCACUGCUAUGCACACCUCUACCUCAAGGUGUUUGGGUUCCAGGCAGGGUUGACAUGCCAGGAUAAAGGAUCUUUUCUACCUCUCAUCCCCAUCAUCCCUUCGUUUAGUACUGCACUCUAUGGAAAACUUAUUCAGAUGCCUGCAUUGUGGAGCAAAAGGUCUUCAGUCCCCACCACAGAGUUUAUUUUUGAACUUCCCCACUUCACUAUACAGGCCACAAGGGCCCAGACACUUUUGCUCCAAACAAUCUGUCAGAGCUGGACCCACAGCAUGGUCAACGGAGCGCCAGUGACACUUAAUGAAAGUCUGCUCACUGAAGUGUACAAGGCUCCAGGUGUGAAAUAUCCAGGCCCGUCACCGACUCUCGAAGGCUCGGUCCAAAACCUGGAGCUGAAGUUCUGCAGCCGUGCGACGGUGAAAUGUGCCUCAGGAACCGUGGGAGCUGUAAAAGUGUGCGCCAGGACCCCAGGUUCAGGAGAGGGCGUGAAGGAGAAGCUGGUUCCUCUGAUUCAGGGUCCAUCUGACACUAAAGAACUACAUAUGAGCCGCUGGCUUAAUGAGAUUCGCAAGCCUGAAUCUUUGCUGGCCCCUGACCUGCUGGCAUUUUCUAUUCAGGUCCCUCAGCAAGGAGAUGAUUGCCGGAACUCAGGUGCAGUCCUGCUGGUCAGUGUCCAGGGUAUAGCUAUCAAUGUGGACCCAAUCUUCUGCACAUGGCUUUUGUAUCAACCUCACAGAGCGAGCAGCAGACAACAGCAGCAGAAUCCUGGUGCAGUUCCUUUGGCCAAGAGGAGAGAGGACGAGGUGUCAGUAGGGAGCACACCACUGGUCAAACAAUCUUCAAAUCAGGCCUCAGACUAUGCCAGCAGCCCAGUCAAAACUAAGACUGUGACAGAAUCACGUCCACUGUCCAUCCCAAUGAGGGUGAUGCCUGACACCACAGCUGCGGAGUCAUGGACGACGUCAGAGGAACGAAUGAAGGAGCUCAUUGCCCACGCCUGGGAUGCUGUUAAACGGCUCACUCUGCAGUUGGAGCUGCAGCCCUGCUGUGUGUUCCUCCCCAAUGACAGCCUCCCUUCUCCGAGCACCAUCAUCUGUGGCGACAUUCCCGGAACUGUGCGUAGCUGGUACCACAACCAGACCUCCAUGCCUGGGACUCUGGUAGUUUGCCUGCCUCAGAUUACUAUCCUCAGUGCUGGGCAUAAGUACAUGGAACCACUACAGGAGCUCCCCUUUGUGGUCUCAAAGCCCAUCUUGGAAGAAGGUGAUGCCUUCCCAUGGACAAUCAGCCUGAGUCAGUUCAGCAUAUACACAUUGCUGGGGCAGCAGCAAAGCCUGAGCCUGUUGGAGCCGAUGGGCUGCACUUCCACACUAGCUGUCACAUCCCAUAAGCUGCAGAGCUCUGCUGAAGGAAGGCACUCCUUUGUAGUGUGCCUCCAUGUUGAUCUACAGCCCAUCCACGUCAAGUGCUCCAACCCUCAGGUUCAGUUGUUGUAUGAGCUCUUCCUCAGCUGGAGCUCAACGUGGGCUCGUCUCCAGAGGCAUGGCAUUUUGCGUCAGACGUCCAACAUCCCAGAUCCGCCUGCCGGUGCCGCUCCAUCCUCCCCUGUACGCAGCAGCGCUGGUACCGCCCUGCCUGACACCAGCACCUGCAGUCCUUCUGCAGACUUUGGCUCCCCCACUGAGGGCGACUCGGUGACUGCAGGAGAUGAUGGCCCAUUUGCAGACACGGUGACACUGGAGCAGAAAACUAGCAGCAUUGGUGGAACCAGUGGGAAAGUCAGCCUUUGGAUGCAGUGGAUGUUACCCAAGGUCACAGUUAAACUGUUUGCUCCUGAUCCCACUGCCAAAAAGACAGAGAUCUGCAUCAUCAGUGAACUAGAAGACCUGAGUGCCUCUGUGGAUGUCCAAGAUGUUUAUACAAAGAUCAAAUGUAAAGUUGGCAGCUUCAACAUCGACCACUACAUAUGCAGUAUGGAGGAGGGUGUUCGGAGCUCGGGCGGCUGUGGAGGAGUGGUCCUUUCUUGCACUGACAAGCUGAACAGACGCACUGUGUUGGUUCGACCCGUCAGCAAGCAAGAGUCUUUCAGCCACUUCUCUGGCUUUUUCUCUCCUACGGCAGCUAAAGUCCUGGAGGGCUCUCACCAGCAGCACGGCUUUCUGUCAAUCACCUACACGCAAGCUGUCACCAAAAAUGUCCGUCAUAAACUCACCACUCGGCCUGAGCGGCCAACCCGCAGCAGUGCUACCAUUGCCAAUCAGCAGGUGACCACUGAUCCUCUGGCAGACAGCUCGCCGCUGUACCUGAGAGAAAUCCUGCUGACAGCCCAGCCUUUUGAUGUGGUUCUGUCCUGUCCCUUACUGGCCACUGUAGCAGGAGUGUUCCAGGCGAAGGUACCAAGACGCUACAGAGAGCGUGGGAAAUCAGCAGGUCAGCCAAUGAGAAGCCACACGUUGACCUCACGAUGCCUUCCUCUCAUCUACAUCAAUACAAGUGUGAUCAGGGUCUUCUGCCCUGGGACACAAGACAAACAGCUUGCGUCAGAUUCCCACAUGAAGAAGGAAGACACCUUGGUGUUGAAGCUAGGCUCCCUCAGUAUGGCUCCUCAGGCUGAUAACCCGCUGACCCGCACUGUGCUGCGAAAAGACAUCUACCAUCGUGCAUUGAACCUUGGCAUCCUUCGUGACCCGGGCUCAGAGGUGGAGGAUCGUCAAUACCAGAUCGAUCUUCAGUCUAUCAACAUUGGGACUGCUCAGUGGGAACAGCUUAAACCAGAAAAGGAGGGAAUCAAAGGAGCUACAUCAGCAGAGAGUGAGAGGAGCUCCCAGAACCCUGCGCUGGAGUGGAACAUGGCUAGCAGCAUCCGGAGACACCAGGAGCGCCGGGCCAUCCUCACGCCGAUCCUGACUGACUUCUCUGUCCGGGUCACUGCUGCUCCAGCUAUCAUCUUCAGCAAGAAUCUGUCCCCUGACAGUGGGCAGACAGAGGAGGUGGUGGUGUGUGGCCACUCUCUGGAGGUUAAUGUGACUAGCAGUCUGGAUUUCUACCUCAGUAUUGCUCAGGUCCACCUCCUUCAUCAGCUUCUCAGAGACAACAUGGUGGGGAUGGACGCUCCAGAGAAAGGCUUUGAGCUGCGUCGACAUGAGCAGACGCGAGGUGGUCGAGACCCUGUAGCGGGCGCUGACUCUUCAUCGCGGCACAGUGGGACUGGACAGGACAGCGGUUUCGGCAGCGACAGCGCUCGCAUCCGUAUUGUGCAAAUAGAGCAACAGAGCGGGGCCAGUCACCACUGCAUUGCCAGACCCUCCCACAAGUCCACCAUUACCAAGAACCUAAGCUUUAUCCCCUUUGACAUCUUUCUCACUGCUAGUAGGCUGUCUGUGAUGACCUAUUCUUGUUCCAGCCCUCCAAAGGCAAUUCCCUCUCUGUCGGAUACUCCCGGCACACCGGAAAAGAUGCAGCCUGGGGAUAAGGCUGGAAAGAGUGCCCUCAACCAGCCUGAGACCAGCCUCCAGUCUGAGUCACAUUCAGCCUCGGCAUCCCCAACUCCAGAUCUGCCUCCAGCUACCCAGAGUUCACUUGCUGGCUUGACUGCUGAGGACAUCCUCAACAGCAACACCUCCCAGCCAGCCUCCCCACUGCUGAGAGGCAGCCUGCUCUCCCUGGAUGGCCUGCCUACUCCGACACGCUCCUCAGCCCGUCAAGCACUUGGUGUAACCAUAGUUAGGCAGCCUGGGAGAAGAGGGGCUGGCGACCAGGUGUUGGAACCCCUCUUGUACCUACAGGUGAUGCAACCUUCUGCUCUGCUCAGCUGUCACCACCGCAAACAGAGGAUGGAGCUGUCUGUGUUUGAUGUGUCCUUAAGAGGAGUAGCUGCUGACUACAAGUGUCUAGACCCGGGAAAGACUCUACCAGAAUCUCUGGACUACAAUGUGUUUUGGCUGCAGACAGUAGCAGGAGAGGUGGACAGUAAAACGGGGAUUCCUCCCCCUCUGCUCUGCUUCCAGAUUAAAGAUUUCUUAAAUGGACCAGCUGAACUGAACAUGGAGCUGUCACGUCCCCUGAAAAUCAGUCCCACUUUGGCAAAGCUGGAGCAGGCCAAAGCUUACCUGAAUAAAAUCCUACCAAACUAUACAUGGGACAGCUCAAGUAAACCACCGUCUGCUUCCUCCACCCCUCAUUCUUCCCCUGCAAAGACACUUCACAGGGCCUUUCCUCCUCGUGCAGACAAACAGCAUCAGGCCUCAGCCCUGGGUAAAGCCAGCAGUGUUGGGGCGCUGGCACUCACCUUCCACAAGGUUUCUCUUCGGACUGCCCAGAUUUUAGUGGUUAUGGAGACUGACGCUCAUCCAAUGAGGCCCAGCAUGACAGUAUCAGUGUCAGCCAUGGCAGGAAGUCUGAACCUGAAGUCAGGGUCUAGGAUAGAAGAUGCCAUUCAGGCCGCCUCUGUGCUGCUCGAGGUAAAAGAUGUGUUGGUGAGAACUGGACUAAAGGAGCGAAGCCGUGUCCUGUUGGGACCAUUUUCCUGCAGCGGUUCCUUAGAGGCUCGUUGGUGUCGCCACAGUGGCAGCCCUGGACCCGAGCCCGGCCCCCCCAAACUGCUACUGGACCUGAAGGGAGGCCUUCUGCAGGUCUUUUGGGGCCAGGAACACCUGAACUGCCUGAAGCUGAUAGAGGAGCACCUCCGUGCCUACCUCCACCUGCAGAAAGGGGAUUCAGCUGAAAGCUGUGCUAAAGGCAAGGCCUGCCACACCCAGCCACCUCCGUCUCCAGGCUCUCCCUCUCCUCGGACAGAGCACAGCUCAGAUGACUUACGCACAGGACGUUUUCAGUAUAUCCAGGACUCAGCUUCACAGAGACUGCCAGGUCCACAUGAGGUGGUGUUUUACAGCGAGACAGACGAUACCCCAGGGGUGAUGUUGUGGAGAUACCCAGAACCUCGUGUCCUUACCUUUGUCAGGAUAACACCUGUUCCUUUCAACACCACAGAAGACCCUGAGAUCAGCACUGCAGACCUGGGAGAUGUCCUGCAGGUACCAUGCAGUCUAGAGUACUGGGAUGAGCUCCAGCAAACCUUUGUUCCAUAUCGGGAGUUCAGCCUAUCAGAGAGCUGUGCCUGCCAGCUGCAGCUGCCCAGUCUCAGCCUCACCAACCAGCAGAAAGAGCUGGUGGCCUCAGACCUGUGGAGGAUAGUACUCAAUCAUAAUGGAGAUGGAGGAGAUGAACAGAGUUCGGAUAGUGAGUGUGGGUCCCAGUUACCCUGCGAUCAGCUGGUGUCUCCGAUUGCACUGGCAGCCUGUACCCGAGUGGACUCGUGUUUUGCACCCUGGUUUGUCCCGUCCCUGGGUGUGUGCCUGCAACUAGCACACCUGGAAGUUCACCUUUGUCAUCACCUAGAACAGCUGGGUACAGCUCCAUCUCGACAGCUUCAUCCCUUCCUGCCAGACAGAAAGUUACCUCAAGAGCAAGAGUUCAUGGGGAUAGGUGCUCGGCAGCCACGGGUCUUCUUGCGACAGUGGAGCUACGGAUCACGUCAUUGUCAGGAGUUCAGUUUUUCCUCUCAGCUAGACUGCAAGCUUCUGGAGUACCGAAACUUAACACACCUUCAGCUUCUUCAGCCAUGUUUAUUACAGGGCCAGGCUACAGCAACCUGUUGCCCCCAAAACACCUCUUUUGAUGUGAAUGUGUUUGUGGACCCAGUGGCACUUAAUGUCAGCCAGUAUGCCAUCCACACUGUAGACACUGCCCUGCACAGCUGGCAACAGAAUGGGAAUGCAGAGGCUGAGGAGCUGCUCUACAGCCACUAUGUUAUUUGUAAUGACACGCAUGAGACACUGCGCUUUGGUCAGGUGGACACUGAUGAGAACGUGCUCCUGGCCAGCCUCCAUAGCCACCAGUACAGCUGGAGAUCCCACAAAUCGCCUCAGCUGCUGCACAUCUGCAUCGAAGGAUGGGGGAACUGGCGCUGGUCAGAGGCCUUCAGCGUGGACAACGUAGGGACUCUGCUUAGGACCAUUCAGUACAAAGGACGCACCGCCUCACUCAUCAUCAAGGUCAUACAGCUCAAUGGUGUCCAGAAACAGGUAAUAAUCUGUGGGCGGCAGGUGAUGUGCAGCUACCUGACUCAGGACAUUGAGCUGCGAGUGGUGCAGCACUACGUGGGACCCGAUAGCCAGACGGUAGUCAGGGAAUACUGCGACUGCCUGGAAGCAGGAGCCAAGCUGCCAUCCUAUGUGCUGGAGGAUGCAGAGAUGACAGAGCUGUGUGUAAGGGCUCGAGGAGACGAUGACUGGUCCCAGGAUGUUCAGCUGGAACGGAGGGAUAAGAGCAGCAGCAGCUUUGUUGUACAGGUGCCUUGUUCCAGUGGCUCAUUGCUUUAUGUUCUGUGCACUCUCAUCACAAUCGAACCCAACUCUCACAUGCAGCAAAGAGUGGUGGUUUUCAGUCCACUGUUUGUCAUGAGGAGCCACCUGCCGGACUCUCUAAUCGUUCAUAUAGAGAAGAGGAGCCUCGGACUGCGAGAAAGCCAGCUAAUACGUGGACAGGGCCACCAGGAGCCCCUGCUAAACACGGAAGCUGAUCUCACCCAUCAUCUCACUUUCCAAGCCAGGGAAGAUGAAGAUGCUUCGCACUGCGCUGUGCCAAUCUCCACCAGCCUAAUCAAGCAGAUACUGAAUAAGACUGGAAACGAGGACAACCCAGAAAACAUCUUGGCUGAUUUCUAUGGUCCAAAGAUAAGCAAUGAGCCUCCAUGGCCUUAUGUCAUCAAAGACACUGACAGGUCAGUGCUCGAGCCUCUUGCACAAUGGGACAGUCCUAUGCAGGUGAAGCUCUCCUGCUGGAAACCUGGUCUAAACACGCUUCUGGUGGAGCUGCUCCCCUGGGCCUUACUGGCCAAUGAUUCCCAAUGGGAUCUCUGGCUUUUUGAGGGAGAGACCAUCGUACUGCAGAUACCAGCCGGCAAGGUCAUUGUACCGCCCAACUUCAAGGAAGCGUUCCAGAUUGGUAUCUACUGGGCCCAAACUAACACUGUCCACAAGUCUACAGCCCUGAAACUAGUCCAUGACCUAACUUCUCCUCGGUGGAAGGAGGGAUCAAGCUCAGAGGUGGUCACUCUGGAUGAGGAGGGAUAUGUUGAAGCUGACAUCACACUGGGAGCCUUCCCUGGUAAACAGAAGCUGUGUCAGUUCUGUGUGUCAUCUGUGGUGAGACAUGGCAUCCAGAUCUUGCAGAUAGAGGACAGGACGAUUCUUGUCAACAACACUCCUUACACUAUACACUACAGGCCCCUGCUGAGUGACCACGCACUGGCAGCUGAUGACCAGAUCUGUGAGAUACCAGAGACGGCCACGUUCACACUCCUUCCCCCUGAGAAUUCAUCCCAAGCCAAACCGUGCUCAGUGCCAUGCUGGGACCUCCUCCAAACCAACGUCCAGGGAAAGGUGGAGUUCCCUUUGCCACUCAGACACAUGCUCUUCAGCUUGUUUCCGAGGCCUGACGCCGGUGUUGGAUCUGCAGCAUGGAGCCUUCCCGCUCCCAUCCGGCAAGACUUCCCCAGGCAGAGUUUAUCUGUUCCCAGGGAACCAGACUCAGGGGGUGGCCUGAGCAGCAGAGCAAUAGUCUUGACCUAUCAGGAGCACCUUGGAGUGACAUACAUCACCCUUAAUGAAGACCCUUGUCCCCGCAUGCUAAUCCACAACAAGUGUCCUAUCCCACUGCUUUUAAAGGAAAAUGUCAAAGAAACUCCAAGGACUGAGGUGUACUGUCGUGCUCUGCCUGCUAACUGUUCCCUGCACCAUGAACUCUAUUACCACUUUUCCAGUUUCCCAGAGUGCAAGCAGAAAGAGAUGCUGCCCACAUUGCUACUGAAAAGCACCUCGGACCACAGCACCACCGACUGGACAGACCCCAUAGAUAUCAACUGUCCUGGCACUCAGGUGGUGUUCCUGCCAGGCUUUGGCUGUCUCUACAUAGACGUGACCUAUGAGAAAGGCACCCUGGUUCUGUCUCUGGCACCAGAGGGCAGCGUGGACACUGUAAUCAACCAACACAGCAGGUCUUCCACACUGUCUGUUUGCAUCCUCCUGAGUGAGGCCAGCAUGGUGCUAAGUGAUGAUAUCACCAGUCCCACCAGUUCGGUGGAGCUCCUGAGACUCACAUUAACCAAGUUACUCCUAAGCCUGGCUCCUGCGCCUACAUCCCUGCCCCCAGAGCUAGCCGUUGACCCCUCUUUGGGUACAGCAGCCAUCCCAGCUCUGAUGUCUGACUCAUCUCUCAUCGAGGUGUGGUGCUCCAGUCUGCAAUUGGACAACCAGUUGUAUAACCGGGCGAGUUUCCACUUCCCUGUGCUGCUGUGCCAAGAUCAGAGAGGGGGAGUUGAACCUGGGAGUCUGUGGAGCCGUGAUGCCAACCCCACUGAGUCCCUUGAAGCAAUGAACGAGUUCAAACACUCCUGUUUUCUGCAGAUGAGGCUGACGCUGGCGGGGGACAGAUGCACGGUGGAGGAGGUCUCCUUCCAGCUCCAGCCUGCCAGAGUCUACCUCGAAGACACUUUUGUUUACUACAUCAAGACUUUGUUCCACACCUACAUCCCCACCCAUGCUUUUGCCUCUGCAGAGACCCGGUGCAGCAAAGAACUUGGAGUAACCUCCACCCUCCCUGAGCAGGUUCUCCAGUCAGCACAGGCAUUGGUCCACCCCGUGCAGCUGCAAAAGCUGACCAUCCAACCUGUCAACCUGCUAGUUAGCAUCCAUGCCUCUCUGAAGCUGUACAUCGCUUCAGACCACACUCCUCUGUCCUUCUCCCUCUUUGAGAGAGGGCCAUUCUGCACUACAGCCAGACAGCUCGUCCAUGCUCUGGCCAUGCACUAUGCUGCGGGAGCCCUCUUCAGAGCAGGCUGGGUUGUGGGGUCUCUGGAGAUCCUGGGCAGUCCUGCCAGCUUGGUACGGAGCAUCGGUAACGGCGUAUCUGACUUUUUCCGCCUCCCAUAUGAGGGUUUGACACGUGGGCCUGGAGCCUUUGUCAGUGGAGUGUCCAGAGGGACCACCUCCUUCGUCAAACAUAUUUCAAAAGGCACCCUAACCUCCAUCACCAACUUAGCCACAAGCCUGGCGAGGAACAUGGACCGUCUGUCUCUGGAUGAGGAGCACUACACCAGGCAGGAGGAGUGGAGAAGGCAGCUGCCAGAGAGCCUCGGGGACGGACUGAGACAGGGACUGUCACGACUCGGCAUUAGCUUGUUAGGAGCAAUAGCAGGCAUCGUGGACCAGCCCAUGCAGAACUUCCAAAGGAACUGGGAGAUGCAGAGCUCAGCUGGUAGCAAAGCCAAAGGGGUGAUUUCUGGAGUGGGGAAAGGCAUCGUGGGGGUUUUUACCAAGCCCAUUGGAGGAGCAGCGGAACUGGUUUCCCAGACCGGAUACGGGAUCCUUCAUGGAGCAGGACUGUGGCAGCUCCCCAAACAGCUCUACCUGCCUACAGAAGAAAAGUCUGCUCUAGCCCCAAACAGCCAUCUUAAAUAUGUCUGGAAAAUGCUGCAGUCUCUGGGGCGUCCAGAGCUCCACAUGUCCCUGGAUGUGACCAUCGUGAGCGGAUCAGGUCAGGAGCACGCCGGCUGUCUGCUGCUCACGUCUGAGGUGCUCUUUGUUGUCAGCCUCAGCGAGGACACCCAGCAGCAGGCCUUUCCCAUCACAGAGGUGGAGUGUCAGCAGGAACCGGGACAGCAGGGCGAGCUCACGCUCACGUUACAGCAGCAGACAGUUACCAGUGAUGCUGAGGGUGACGGUGUUCGUGAGCGUCUGUCCGAGCAGCAGUAUCGGAGGCUGGUAGAUUACGUGAUGCGUGCCUCUCAGUUUCUUUCCCCCUCUGCAGCUUCCCUCCAGCUGCAGCCCCCAGUGACGCUCACAGAGCCUCCGCCCACUGUCACCAAGUGUUACCGCUACCUGGUGGACCCCGCCUUUGCAAAAGUGUUUGUCACCAAGUUCACCAUGGUGAAGAACAAAGCCUUACGCAUUGGAUUCCACUGAUACGUGAAAACUCACUUGUGGCUUUCAGCUUCAGAAACAAUUUUUCCAAUUUAAUGUAAAAUGUGAAAAAAAAUCAAGUAUCUUGUACUUUGACUCUUCUCAUUUAUGCAAAACGUACAUUUUGGUGUAAUGAGGGGGUUUUAUAUCUAAAUGUGUUCACCUGUUCGACCAUGCCUUAGACGUGUCUAGAAUUCCUAGAAAUUGCCUUUAAAAGAUAUUUUCUGAUAAAGAAAAGUCACCACAUAGUCACAAAGAACAUUAGUGGGAUCAGUUUUAAUUGUGGAAAAACAUUUCAGUGAACACUAAAUCCAAUCAGAGCUCUGUCGCCGUUACAGAUACAAAUGUGCAGGCCGCAGCAGUCGGAGCCUCCUAACUAACCCAUCUGGAAGAGUUCACUCUGCACAAGCAGCUCUGUGUGUUUACAUUCUGCUUAUGAGUCGGUGUCUCAUGCCAAUGUGAAGUGCAAUAUUAUAUAUCUGUUGAUGGAUGUUAGAUGCUAAACCAAAAUGUUUUUUAAAGAUGAUGAUGUAACACUUGUUUGACAGUAACACUCUUUUCUUUGUAAAGGUUUUGUCGAUGCCAAUCCCUCACGAUGCAAACAUGUUAAUGUUGCCUUUUGUAUUGUUUCACCACUGAGCUCUAUGGAAGAUUUAAAUCUAUAAUAUAUUAAUGGAGAAACGUUUUAUUAAACAAAUCAAAUUAU